CCGCGGCGGCCAAUGGGCGGAGGCCGCUCGGGGGACUGCGUCUCCCAGCAGCCCACGCGGCAGGCGGGAGCCGGGGCCCUGUGAGGCGGUGUCGUAGGAGGCGAGGCGGCGCGGUCGCAGCAGCAGCGGAGGCCGCGGGUUCACCCGGAGCCGAAAUUGGGGGAGAGUUUAACCAUUUGCGACAAAGACCAGGUGUUUAAGAGCUAAGAACCAGAGUUAAUAGGAGAUUUACACAAGAAUUGUUUCCUGAUUUCAUAAUUGAAGAAGCUGAAACAGUGACAGGUUACUGUUGAGGGGUGGAAGGUGUGAGUGUGUGUUCCAGCAACAAGAAGUGUCUUAAUAUGGAAAUAGAUGAAUCAGAUGCAGUAAUUGAACUCAACAACUAAGCUUGAUGUUAGUCCCUGGAAAGCCAGUGACUAAGUAAGGCUGGAUUGAUUAUCCUGAACUCAGUGAUGCAAAGACAUAUCUGAAAUAUUUCCUUCUAAGUGCUGCUGCUUGCAAGCAUUUACAUGGAACCCAAAAGGAAUGACUUUUGGAGAUACUGCUACUCCACUCUCACUUGGCCCCUGGAUAUUGGACUCACUAAAUCAUCAUUUGGAAAGAUUAUUUCAACACUUAACAGCUUUAACACAAGGUUGCAGACUGGUUUCCAGACAGAACCCGCAGCUUUGGUUGAAAAUUGGCUGUCAAACCGGCUCCCUCUCUAUGAAAACGGUUCCAAGUGCACACACAAGUCAUGCUCCGGCCUUGCUCUCUGCAACAGCUCAGGCAGGAUCACCAAAACUUUUUUCUGCUGCCGGAUGAGACCUACUUUGCAAUGGAGGAAAAUAGUCCUGGCCCUUUAAAUGUGGAAGGGGGCGGAGGUUGAAGUGUCAGUCAGGACUGAAAGCAGGAAGGAAACGUGACCUCUCGCAGGCUUAUUACUAAAGAGGAGCCUCCAUAGCUCUUUUUGCAAUGUGCAACAGGCUUCUGCUACACUCUCUCCACUCGCAGGGCCAGGCACGUUUUCAUUUUCUGCCCACUUCCAGAGCUGCUGUCCUCAAUCAGCCGUGUCAUGCAUUGUGCAUAUGUUUCCUUUAGGUGGAUUCCCCCCUAUCCAAUCAAGAAGUCCAAAUAAUAAGGUGUAACUGAAAGGAGCUUUCAAAGAUGUCGAAAACUAACAAAUCAAAAUCUGGAUCCCGCUCGUCUCGUUCAAGAUCUGGAUCGAGAUCACGCUCCCGAUCCUUCUCCAAAUCCCGUUCACGCUCCCGUUCUGUCUCGCGAUCAAGAAAACGCAGGCUCAGUUCUAGGUCCCGUUCAAGAUCAUAUUCUCCGUCUCACAACAGAGAAAGGAACCACCCAAGAGUGUAUCAGAGUCGGGAUUUCAGAGGUCAUAACAGAGGGUAUAGGAGACCAUAUUAUUUCCGUGGACGGAACCGAGGAUUUUAUCCAUGGGGCCAAUAUAACCGAGGAGGCUAUGGAAAUUACAGGUCAAAUUGGCAAAAUUAUCGCCAAGCCUACAGCCCUCGUAGGGGGCGUUCCCGCUCUCGAUCGCCAAAGAGAAGGUCUCCAUCACCAAGAUCAAGAAGCCAUUCUAGAAACUCUGAUAAGUCAUCUUCUGAUAGGUCAAGGAGGUCUUCAUCUUCCCGGUCUUCCUCGAACCACAGCCGAGUUGAGUCUUCCAAGCGUAGGUCCAUAAAGGAAAAAAAAUCCUCUUCCAAGGACACCCGGGCAUCACAGGCUGCAGGAGAUAAUCAAGGUGAUGAUUCGAAGGAUCCGCUGUUUUCGGGAGGAGCUGCUCAAGAUGUCAAAGUGUCUGAAGGGUCAAAGCCAUGGCAAGACAUGAGCACUUACAGCACAGGUUCAGUGUCAAGAGCAUCUGCCGUGCCUGAGCUUAGCCCAAGAGAGCGCAGUCCUGCGCUAAAAAGCCCUCUCCAGUCUGUUGUGGUGAGGCGCCGUUCUCCUCGGCCAAGUCCAUUGCAGAAACCCAGUCCUCCUCUGUCAAACCCCUCACAGCUGGGGUCUGUUUUACAAAGCAGUGCCUCAUUUCAGACAGGCUCACAUCAGGGUCCAUUUGACCAUGGUUCAUCAGGAUUGAGCCCAACGAGGAAGAGUCCUGUGUGUAAAAGUCCCACGACAAUCGGUUCAAUUUAUGGUGCCUCGCAGAAGGAGGAAGCAGCAGUUCCUGGUGGGGCAGCCUUCUCAAAGAGGUAUUUGGAAGAACAGAAGACUGAGAAUGGGAAAGACAAGGAACAGAAACUAACAAAUGUUGAAAAGGAAAAAAUGAAAGAGAAGGGAGGCUUCUCUGAAUUGGGUUUAGGAGAUGGCAAGAUGAAAUCAGACCUGUACACCUCCAAAACUGACCCUGAAAAGCCUUAUCGCAGUAGCCAGUCUCCUAAACGCUAUAAGUUUCGAGAUGACUUUGAGAAGCUGAAGAUGGCAGAGUUCCACAAGGAAGGUCAUUAUGGCAAAGAGGAGAUGGAUGAACAGGAUAAGAAAGACAAGGCAAAGGGCCGAAAGGAUUCGGAGUUUGAUGAUGAGCCCAAAUUCAUGUCUAAAGUGGUAGCAACUUCCAGCAAAAAUCAGGAUGAGGAUAGGCCAGGUAAAUGGGAAGGCAUAGUGUUUUUACCAUCUGCAAAGGAGAAGCAAAGGAAAGCUGAGGAAAUGGAGGAGGAUCCCUAUUCUGAAAGAUCUAAAAAGGAAGACAAGCUAGCAUCCAAGAGAGCAGAAGCUGGUCACAGGGGGUUUGUUCCUGAAAAGAAUUUUAGAGUAACUGCUUACAAAGCAAGUCAGGAAAAAAGUACAUCACCACCUCUGAGAAAGGCCUCCGAGAGUCGGGAGAAGCCAGGAACCAGAGGAGAUGGUUUAGCCACUGGCAAAUCCUCCUUUUCCAUUACCCGGGAGGCCCAGGUCAAUGUCCGAAUGGAUUCCUUUGAUGAAGAUCUUGCACGUCCAAGUGGUUUAUUGGCGCAGGAGCGGAAGCUAUGUCGUGACUUAGUACACAGCAACAAAAAAGAGCAGGAGUUCCGCUCCAUUUUCCACCAUAUACAGUCAGCUCAGUCUCAGCGAAGUCCUUCUGAAUUGUUUGCUCAGCACAUAGUGACUAUAGUCCAUCAUGUAAAAGAGCAUCACUUUGGGUCUUCAGGAAUGACACUGAAUGAACGCUUUACAAAAUACCUAAAGAGAGGAAUGGAGCAAGAUCAAGCUAAAAACAAGAAGAGCCCUGAAAUCCACAGGAGGAUAGAUAUUUCUCCCAGUACUUUCAGAAAACAUGGAUUCACUCAAGAGGAAAUGAAGAGCUCCAGAGAGCCUGGCAACAAGACUGAAGGGAAAUAUAAAGACGACCCAGUUGACCUGCGCCUUGAUAUCGAACGUCGUAAAAAACAUAAAGAAAGAGAUCUUAAACGAGAGAAGUCGAGAGAAUCCAUGGACUCAAGAGAUUCAAGCCAUUCAAGGGAAAGAUCAACUGAGAAACCAGAGAGAAGUCACAAAGGAUCAAAAAAGAAGAAACACAGGAGAGUGCGUGAGCGAUCCAGGUCUUCUACUUCAUCUUCACAAUCUUCUCGUUCGUACAAAGGGGAGGACUACCCAGAGGAGAGUGAGGAGAGGGAGGAGAGUACCACAGGGUUUGACAAAUCCCGGCUUGGGACAAAAGAGUUUGCUGGCCCAAAUGAGAGAGGAAGAGCUAGAGGGACCUUCUUCAGAGCAAGAGGCAGAGGGUGGAGCAGAGCCACCUUUUCGGGAAACAAUAACAACAACAACAGCAGUAGCAGCAGCAAUGACUUUCAGAAGCGAAACAGGGAUGAGGAGUGGGACCCAGAAUACACACCCAAGAGCAAAAAGUAUUAUCUGCACGAUGACCGGGAGGGUGAAGGUGGUGAGAAGUGGGUGAACAGAGGCAGAGGCCGGGGUGCCUUCCCCCGAGGGAGAGGUCGUUUCAUGUUCAGAAAAUCGAGCACUAGCCCCAAGUGGGCCCACGACAAAUUUAGUGGAGAAGAGGGAGAAAUCGAGGAUGAUGAAAGUGGAACGGAGAAUCGAGAGGAAAAGGACAACCUACAGUCAGCUGCUGACUAGCCAGGGAGUCUGCAUGUCCCUGAGCACCCUGGCAAGGAGGAAGAAGGUCCGGCAAGGCUAUGUUGGAGUCUCUGCCAGGGUAAUGCUGAUGUGCUGAACAGAGCUCUGCCAAAGAGCUUUGAAAUUAUCUUAAGUUAACUGCAUUUUUAAAUUCAGCCUCCGUACAUGUGGACUGGGACUGAUCACUUACAUGCGGAUCCACUCUUGGAGUAUAUCUUUCUUCCCAAAGACUUUACCCGCUGGACUGAAUAAGGUCCAAUAUCAAGUGUGAUCCUAAAUUUUGUCUCUUGUUUGUGACCUUAUUAGAUGGUCAGAUAUUUUUUGGCAACAGUCUUUGAAGACGAUGUGGAUUUCAGUUUGUGCCCAGCUUAACCCAGUAUCUUGACAUUUUUUUGUUUCUCUUAUAAUUUGAGAUGAUAAAGGUGGGGAUUAACUCACCUGUUUAUUUUUCUUCUCCCCUCUUGUGUAUUUUGUUUUUUAAAUUCAUAUUCUGCUUAUUUUAGGCCUUUACGUAUGUAGUAACACCAAUUAAAGAUGGCUAAUUUUGGAAACUAUUUUUGGUUCUUAUAAGAAAACAAUGAAGCACGUGAAUAAACAUCUAAAUGUUAACUUGGAGUUGGGACCAAACUGCUAUGAUUAUUUUUAAAAACUAAUUUUUGUAUGUAUCAGUUGAGUUUAGAGCCUUUUUAAAACCACCUUAUUUUUUUCUUUUAUGCUGAAAGUUAAAGUUAGCAUGGCAAAAAUGCACCCUGCUCUUCACCCAUUUUAGUGUGUAUGCUGGUAGACCUGGUUCUUGUGUGCUGGAAUCCCAAGCUGCUUGUAGGCAUUGUGUGUAUCCUCUUUGCAGCUGGUUGUGAACUUGAACGUUCUUUCCAGGUUAACAUAGUUUUCUAAAAAAACUUCUGAAUUCUACUAGGUUAAAAUAUAUAAAAGGAGAAGAAUUUUUUCAAUAUUUUUAUUAAUCUUUUUCUAAAACAAAAAAGCAAAUCCCUCCAGUGCUGGCUAAGGAACGUUGUGGUUUAAUUUACCUUCAGCUUUACAUUUACAAUGUUCUGAAGAGGUUUAGCAAAUAGCUCAGUGGUUGGUGAGCCUGUAGGGAGGAGAGGCAUAUUCAUGCACAGGUAUGGAGUGUGCACAUGUUGUAAAAAGACACUCAGCCUCUUCCCCCCUCCAUCUCUGCCUUCUCCAGGAUUGCUGGGCCUCCCCCAAUCACCUGCUAACUAUAGUUUGUUUGACUUGAACAGUUCCUGUUUAGUAAAUCCCUAAAGUUUGUUUCAACUCCUCAUGCAAAUAAAAAUACAAUAAAAUAA